GCCGGCGCAAGCCGAGCACCUCGGGCCAUGCGAUACGCCAACCCUCAGUCACGGCGCUGACCCUGGAUCCGACAACCAUGCUGACACGCUGCCACCGCGACCGUGAACCUGAUUCGGUACGAGAACAUCGCAGGAGCAGCGUGGGCAACUAUGCCGACCGCUUGCGCCAGCGCUUCCACCCCUCGCUGCACCACCACACGCACCACAACCACUCCAGGCGCGCCAUCAACCACCUCCCGGCCGAGGUCCUGCAAAACAUAUUCGCUUACCUCGACUUCUGGCAUCUGCUGCGCUGCCAGCGCGUCUGCAAGACGUGGCAGGCCCUCGUCCCCGGCGACUCGCCCUUGCUCGCCGAAACACUGUACCUGAAGCCGUCGCGCAGCCUGCAAAUCUACAGCCUGGUGCCCACCACCUUUGACUUUGAGCUAGACCUCACGCCGCCCACCAGCGAGUCUGGACCGCAACAGCAAGUCGCAGCACCCCCUGGCAGCACGCGUAGCACGCGCAGCACCUCGUCCUCGUCCUCCCUCGGCACCCGCAACCACCUCAGCUUGUCGAGACGCUGUCUGGGCCUGAUACGCACGAGUCAGGAAAUCGUGUUUCACCCGCUCAUCACCGACUUCAACUUCUGGGUCAACCGCCCUUCCGUCACAGGCAACUAUGACGGCUCCUGGAGACACAUGCUCGUUUCCAUGCCCCCGCUCAGAGAACUCACCCUCAGAGAUGCACGCCAGAAUCGCGCAGUCACCGUCAUGUGUGUGGCUGGUGAAGAGGGCGUCAAGUUGGGCCAGCUGUUUGACGUCAUGGACGAGUGGAAACAGUGCUGGAUAUGAUUGACACUCUUCUUCUUCUUCUCCUUUUCCUUUUCUUUCCUUUUCUUUUUUGUGAUGAUCGAUAUGACGUGUUCUUUUCUCUGUCUCUUUAUUUCUUUCUUUCUUUCCUCAUUUUUUUUU